GAGCUCUCUCAUCUCAGAUUCACUCUUCCAAUAUGGAGUUGGAUUCCAUGGCUUCCUCCAUAGGAGUAUCGGUUCCGGUGCUCCGCUUUCUGCUCUGCUUCGCCGCCACCAUCCCCGUCAGCUUCUUCCACCGCUUCGUUCCCGGUGGACCGGUGCCGCGCCACUUCUACGCCGCCGCCACGGGAGCCUUCCUUUCCUAUCUCUCCUUUGGAUUCUCCUCCAAUUUGCAUUUCAUUGUGCCGAUGCUCUUAGGAUACGCCUCCAUGCUGCUCUGCCGGCACUAUUGUGGAAUCAUUACCUUCUUCCUCGCCUUCGGUUACCUCAUUGGCUGCCAUGUGUAUUACAUGAGUGGUGAUGCAUGGAAGGAAGGGGGCAUUGAUGCUACAGGUUCUCUGAUGGUGAUAACACUAAAAAUCAUAUCAUGUGUGAUCAAUUACAAUGACGGAGUUCUAAAAGAGGAAGAUUUGCGUGAGGCUCAAAAGCGGAACCGGUUGAAAAAGCUGCCAUCUUUGCUUGAGUACUUUGGUUACUGUCUGUGUUGUGGAAGUCACUUUGCUGGUCCAGUGUAUGAAAUGAAGGAUUAUUUGGACUGGACUGAGAGGAAAGGGAUUUGGCAACCUACAAAGCAGGGGUCAUCCCCCUCUCCUUAUUUGGCAACUUGCAAAGCUGUUCUUCAAGCCGUUGUCUGUAUGGGAUUAUAUCUCUAUCUUGUAGCACAUUUCCCACUUUCUCGAUUCACAGAACCAGUAUACCAAGACUAUGGCUUCUGGAAACGACUAAGCUACCAGUACAUGUCAGGCUUCACUGCUCGUUGGAAAUAUUAUUUCAUUUGGUCCAUAUCAGAAGCUUCUAUUAUUAUAUCUGGUUUUGGAUUUUCUGGCUGGACUGAUUCGAAUCCAUCCAAACCACGAUGGGACCGUGCAAAGAACGUUGAUAUAUUAGGUGUUGAGCUGGCAAAGAGUUCCGUGCAGUUACCCCUUGUAUGGAAUAUUCAAGUUAGCACCUGGCUCAGGCACUAUGUCUAUGAGAGGCUGAUUCAGAAUGGAAGGAAACCAGGCUUCUUCCAGUUGCUGGCCACCCAAACUGUCAGUGCAGUCUGGCAUGGAUUAUAUCCGGGGUACAUCAUCUUCUUCAUUCAAUCUGCUACUAUGAUUGCUGGUUCAAGAGUUCUUUACAGAUGGCAGCAAGCUUGUCAAUCAUCUCUGGUUAAGAACCUCCUAGUGUUCGUAAACUUUGCUUACACACUUCUCAUUCUGAACUACUCCUGCAUUGGUUUCAUGGUGCUCAGCCUUCACGAAACAGUCAGCGCCUACGGAAGUGUUUACUAUAUUGGAACGAUUGUUCCAAUAGUUCUAAUCCUGCUUGGCAAAUUCAUCAAGCCGGCGAGGCCAGCAAGAGGCAAAGCUCUUAAAAACCAGUAAUGGGAUUCAAAUAGCAUUUUUGGAACUCUAUUUGUGAUUCGAAGUAAUGGAAUUGUAAUUUAUCUGCAUCUUUUUGUAUUUGUACCUUGCGUACAUCCAAUCUAAUAACAAAGGUGUUGAAAGUUAA